AUGGGAUCCAUAACUCGCUCCUAUUAUCGCAACUCUGUGGGUGCAUUGGUGGUGUUUGAUGUCUGCAAUAAGAAGUCCCUGGAGCAUGUUCCCAUGUGGAUUAUGGAGGCCAAAAGGCACAUUGAACCUCACAAGGCAGUGUUCAUCCUGGUUGGAACCAAGAUUGAUAUGGAAGAUGAAAGAGAAGUCAGAACAGAGGAUGCAUUGUCUCUAGCCAAUUUUUAUAACAUAAAAUAUGUAGAAACAAGCUCUAUGAGAGGCAUCAAUGUAGAGGAAGCCUUUAGAAUCAUCACACAAGAAGUGUAUGACAAGGUACAAACUGGAGACUUCAAGAUAGAAGAAGGCUGGGAUGGCAUUAAAACAGGGUUUGCACGCCCAAAUCAUUCCUACAGCCUGAUGGAAGCUGAGCCAGAAAAGUCCAGAUUUUGCUGUUAAUGGGGACUGGGGACCAAGACUCUACCUUGAGGUCCUCUUGACGCAGAACCAACUGCUCAUGGCAAUAUGGCGGCCACACAUCAGUUCUGAAUAUUGCAAUAUCACCCAUUUUUAAACCAAAGGAUAUACCCUAGUCUUAUUUUUUUCUCUUUCUCUCUUCAUUUUUUGUCUGGAUUUUAUAUGAUAGUUCCUCAUGAAUGUGUCGGAAGAAGCAGUUGAACAAUUUUAUAACAAGCCCAUUUUUUGACAUUCUUAUCGUUUAUGCUCACAAUAUCAUAAGAAAAAUGAAUUUCUGUUAGAAGAUAUGCAAUACUUUCA